AUGGACACAACAGAGGACCAAAAAGAAACACUUCAUUCAUUAUGUGGUCGCACAAUUGUCCGAAUCAGCAACAAUCUUGUUGUGAAAUCUGGCAAUAUUCGGUCCCAUGAAGCGCAAACACUUCGUUUCAUUGCAGCAAACACGACAAUCCCUGUACCCAAAGUUCAUGAUAUCCGUUGGCAAGAUGGCCAAGCUGAGUCUAUUGUGAUGGACUACAUGCCUGGCAAGCGGCUCGACGAAGCAUGGCCUAGUUUGGAUUCCAAUCAGAAGCUCUCUAUUGCCGACGAACUUCAUUCCUAUAUAAACCAGCUUCGCAACUUGAAAGGUGACUACAUCGGGGCCGUUGAUCGGGGGAAGGCUAUAAUUGGACAGUUUUCAUCAAUUGAAGGCGGUCCAUUUGAUUCCGAGCAGCAGUUCAAUGAGUUCAUCCUAGGCGAUAUCGUGCCAUCGGCACCGGAUAUACUGCGCCAUUACGCCAAAUUUGCGCUUCUGGAUGACCAUCGCAUUGUGUUUACGCAUGCUGAUUUCGCUCCGAGGAAUAUCCUUGUCGAGGAAGGCCGUGUCACUGCUAUCCUGGAUUGGAAAUAUGCAGGCUGGUAUCCAGAAUACUGGGAAUAUGUCCAGGCGCUUCGGCAGCUGAGGCCGAUGAAGGACUGGCCGGAGUAUCUAGGGCGGAUUCUUCCACCUCAAUAUGAGAGAGAAUACAUAGGCAUGUCUUUUCUGGAACGGCUUUUGCGGCACUAG